AUGUUGGCUGCCGUAAUCCUAUUAUCCAUUUCACCCUUGGUUUUCCCUUCGCCAGUGUCUCAAGUCAACAUAUUACCACUUGGCGACGUAAAACUUGAGCCUGCUCACCGGAAGCUACCAGUAUUUAACAAGACCCUGAAAGCCAUCGCUCCGUACACCGACGCCUUCGCUCGACACAAAAUGUUCCCUUUGGCCGCGGCCGCAUACUCCGAUAACCCACAAGAAUGUCUGGACAACAAUUUGAGCAAGGCCAAGGUACGAUUUCAAUAAUUUUUUUGACUUUUUUUUAAUUUAAAUUGAAAAUUGGUUGUCUGGGACGCGAUAACGAGUCGAGGAACCGUUACGGUACGAUCUUAGUUCGCAUUUAAAACCCGGUCCGUUCGGUUGACGUCCACAGAAGCUUAUCAGAGAACGCUCGAAAAAUGAUAACUUGAAAAUGGAAAAAUCUAGAACAAUUUGGAGGGCAUAGAUAAUGUGCGAUGUAUGUUAACCAUCUGAAUAUCACAUGGGAUAGACAUAAACGACAUUACAAGUUAUUCAUAUCCUUGGGUAGUAUAUUAUUAGAUAGUAUAUAAGCUCAUGGACGUGUUUUGCACAAUGAACCUUUAAAAAAUGUCUAUGCACUUUACGAAAAUAUUAAAAUAUCAAGCUGUCGGGAAAAUAAUGAGCACUCUGUCGCUUCAAAAAUCACAUCGCCGCCCCGAAAAUAAAUUGUGUCGCGGCAAAAUUGCAUUGCCUACUUCAGCAACGCGAUUGGCACAGCGACGUUGUGCUCUUUAAUUUCCCGACAAACUGUCACUAUUAACAUAGUUUACAAUGCACUUCAAGCAUAUGGCAUUUGAAAUUAAUUUUAAAUCAAUUGAAGUUACGUUCAAUAAUAAAUAAAUAAAUAAAAAAAAGCUACUUUCAGGUGCUCGGUAUGGUAUUUGCCAAAUGCGAGACUGACGAAAAAGUCUCAAUGUGCGUUGGCUAUGUCGCCGUCUCACCUUUAGACAAAUCGAUUAUCGUUAGUUUCCGCGGAACCAACAGCUUCCUCCAACUCGUUGUGGAAGUCAACCAUGUGGUUUUGAAGCGAAAGCACGAGGCUGCGAUUGACGGCACUGUUGGCGCCUACUUCUACAACGUCUUCGAACAGCUGUGGACGACUGGAUUGAACAAGAUCGUAUCGAAGGCCGUGAAACAAUAUCCAGAAUACGAGUUCUGGAUCACUGGUCAUUCGUUGGGCGGAGCUGUGGCUUCAAUUGCUGCCACUGAGAUCAUGGCUCAGUUUGACGUCCCACAAGAGCGGCUGAAGGUCAUUACGUUCGGGCAGCCAAGGACUGGAGACAAUGAGUACGCCAACUACUAUCCGAAUGCUGUAAGUUCUUGGGAGUUACGGGAAGAGGGUCUGUUGUAGAGAUGGAGCUUGUUUCCGCUUUUUUGAGGCAAUUCUGAUGAUCAUCAAGGCCUUAGGUAUGAGGGUGUUCAAUUUUUUUAUAACAGAUGUCACGCAGCCUGUGGUAUAGUUAAGAUAAGUCCGUCAGGAAAAUAAUGAUCGCGAUGCACGGCAAACCGAAGUAGAACAAAAACGUCUCCCGCCCACUUUUGAGUUUCGUCCAAACGAAGUGUCACAACUGACAAAAGCAAUAAAAUAAUUUCGAGAAAAAUAUUUUUCCAUCGAAAAACAACCAAAAAUGUUGUUUUUUCGUUGUGACAUUUCGUGUGAGUUUGAACGAUACUGGGUGUGCGAAGUGCCAAAACGAGGAGGGAGACUCCAUGGGUUGCCGUGCGAUUUCGUUGAGCCGAUGGCAUCGCUGAAUUGAGAAGUAAUUUGACCUUCGCAAUUCAUCUUCUCAGCGGCGAUGCGAGUUUUGAUGCCACAGAGUGCUCAUCAUUUUCCCGACAGACUGGUAUAAUAAAAAAAAUUCUCAAGCCAAUCACAAUUCCUUUUCACAACGUUGACAUUACAUUUUGCAGGUCCCGCUUGCCUACCGAGUCAACCACAACCUGGACCUUGUCGCUCAUAUUCCCCCACAAAAAUUCGAAGAUUAUUUCCAUCAUGGCUCGGAGGUUUGGUACGCCAACAAAAUGGAGAAGGAAGACUCGCCAUUCAAGGUUUGCGACGAAGGCGAGAGCAACAAGUGCAGCAACAAAAUGAUGUUCCCCAUCUCAAUCAACGACCAUCUGCACUACUUCAACGAGUACGUCUCCACCUUCGGUGUAAAUGGAUGCAAAUGGUCGAAGUAA